GAAAAUUGUUGUAAAUGGUAAUAAAUAGUCGGCCGUCAUUGAUUAUUGUUUUAUUUAUUUUUAUUUAUGAAACAAUGCCUCGCGCCAUGUUUAUGAUUUCCUGAUAUUCACUAACAACCAGCCAACUAACAAAAUGUCUGCGGAAUCUGAUAUGGAAUAUUCGGACAACGAGGGAGACGACUAUGAUUACUACGGAGGACAGGAUGAUUGUGAUAUGGAGACGGUGGACCGGAGUAAGGCUGAUCCGGAGUAUUUUUUGUAUUCCUGUCUGAAGGUAGAGGAAGUAGAGAAAUUGUUGAAUGAAUCCAUUGAGUUGCUCAGCAAUAGCCUUCAAAUUACGCCGUCACUCGCCAAGGUAAUGUUACAUGCCUAUCAAUGGAAUGCUCAAGAGAUUAUUAAUAAGUAUAAGGAAAACGCAAACGAGGUGCUGGUAUACAGUCGCGUAAAACCUCGCUUGUCUUCGUGUCAGGCGGGCGCCAGCCGCACGAUCUGUGCUGUCUGUGCAACCUGCCCUCCCUUGCAGAAAUACAGUGCUCUGGCUUGUGGGCACUACUUUUGUAAUGAUUGUUGGGGAAUGCAUUUUGAAGUACAAAUAAUGCAAGGUGUUUCAAAUACAAUCCAGUGUAUGGCUCAAGAGUGUGAAGUAAGGGCACCUGAAGACUUUGUGCUAUCUCAUGUGGCAAAGCCAGGUCUUAGGGACCGCUAUCAACAGUUUAUGUUCAAGGACCAUGUAAAAUCACACCCACAACUUAGAUUCUGUCCUGGCCCGAACUGUCAGUGGAUAUUCCGCGCUUGGACCCGAGAAGGGGCGCGGCGCGUGGAGUGCCGUGGCUGUGAACUUCUCACCUGCUUCUCAUGUGGGGCUCCGCACCAUGCACCUACUGACUGCCCUACCAUACGCCGGUGGCUUACCAAGUGUGCUGAUGACUCUGAAACUGCCAAUUAUAUUAGUGCUCAUACUAAGGAUUGUCCGAAAUGUCAGAUAUGCAUAGAAAAGAAUGGAGGGUGUAACCAUAUGCAGUGUGGAGCAUGUAGACAUGAUUUCUGUUGGGUAUGCUUGGGUGACUGGAAGACCCAUGGGUCAGAAUAUUACGAGUGCAGUCGUUAUAAGGAAGAUCCUAACUUGGCCAAUGAUAGUCAACAUGCUCAGGCACGAGAAGCUCUUAAGAAAUAUCUGCAUUAUUAUGAAAGAUGGGAAAACCAUGCUCGUUCUCUAAAACUGGAGGAACAAACUCUGGCAAGUCUGAAAAGUCGUAUCAACCAGAAGGUGAUGGCUGGUGAAGGGACUUGGAUAGACUGGCAGUACCUAUGGGAUGCUGCAAGGCUUCUCAAACGAUGUCGAUAUACACUUCAGUACACUUAUCCUUACGCUUAUUAUAUGGAAGUUGGUCCUAGGAAAGAGCUUUUUGAGUACCAACAGGCUCAACUAGAAGCUGAAAUAGAGAAUUUGUCAUGGAAAGUGGAAAGAGCUGAGACAACAGACAGAGGAGAUUUAGAAAAUCAAAUGGAUAUAGCAGAGAAAAGACGUACAACACUACUGAAGGAUUUCCUAGAAUUUCACACGAAUAUCGCCUCCAGUAGCAAAGUAUAAUGAACCUCAUAAUGCAUUUUUAAGAGAAUACAAUAAUAUUUAGUAUUAAAUAACAGUUCUGCACGUUUGUAUAAUAUUUGUGAAAGCUAGAUUUUUUGUUCUGCCAAAGUAUAUUUAUUAUUAACAUGACUUUGCAAUAAAAUAUAGGUAAUUAAAAAAUGG